CCAGUUGCUCAAGUUUGGCGCGCCUUUGCUUGAAGCAUUCACCUAUUCCAGGAAGCCAACAUGUCUGGCUAUACUUCGCUGCCGCUGAGCAAAACUUAUCAGGCAGUGACAGUGCAGGGUGCUGGGCAGGCUGGCCAGGCAAUGUCGCCGCGCGUGUCUUACCCAAUCUCCCAUUCCUUUGUGGCACCAGGCGUCGCCAGUAUGCCCGCCGGUGUGCCCGCCGGUGUGCCUGGCGUGCCCGUGUCCGUGCGAGUGCCAACGUCUGUGAUCCAGGCGCAGGGACCUGGGACCAAAGUGCGGACCUCACAAGACCCGCAAGUCCCACCGGGAGAGGCUAUGAAGAUGCUACGUGAAGGCAACCGCCGAUUUGUGCAGGGCAAGCCCGUGGCCACGCGCACCAGCAACGGCAUGCGGCUGGAGCUCGUGGAUCAAGGCCAGGCUCCUCACACUGCAGUGAUCGGCUGUGCGGAUUCCCGCGCACCGGUGGAGUCCAUUUUUGACGCGCUGCCAGGGGAUAUUUUUGUGCUCCGCAAUGCAGGCAACACCUGUACACAUGCAGAAGGCAGCAUGAUCGGCAGCUUGGAAUUUUGCAUCGGCAAGCUGAAGUCGCGGCUGGUCGUGGUGUUGGGUCACACCAAAUGCGGUGCCAUCUAUGGUGCUACCAAAACCUAUUUGGCGAAGAAGUCAGAUCCUGCUGCUGCAACUACUGCGUUGGAUGGUCUUCUGUCUGGCCUGGCAGUUGUGGCAGAAAAGGCAGAGUACGAUAUGGGGCCCAUGGCUGAUGAAGAGUUUGUGGCAGCCCAUGCUGUGAAAGUGAACGUCUUUCAUACCAUUGACUAUUUGCUGCAGUACAGUCGUGCCAUCCGCGAGGGUGUGGCUAGUGGGAACAUCGAGAUUCAAGGUGCCGUCUAUGACCUCUCCACGGGCCUCGUGGACUUUAUGGGAAGAUCCCCUCGACAGGCUGACCUGCUAAAGUCCGAUGUGGCCCUGCCGCCCACUGUAGUGAUGAUGAGCAAUGCUGCUGUGAGGCGAGGCAAAUUGGGCGUGCGCACAGGGGUAGACGUAGCACCAGCACCGGAGGAAGCGUUGGAUCUGCUGAUGCAGGGCAACUACAGAUACGUCGCUGGUGAACCCACUUCCAAUGCCACGAGUUCGCCCAUGCGCAAAGCCUUGGUGAAGAAAGGACAGGCGCCGCACACCGCAGUGGUGGGCUGCGCUGAUUCUCGCGCGCCACUGGAGACCUUGUUUGACAUGAUGCCAGGAGAGCUUUUUGUAGUCCGCAAUGCUGGCAACACCGCCACUCAUGCGGAAGGCAGCAUGGUGGGAAGUUUGGAGUUCUGCUGUGGGAAACUUGGAACGCGACUCAUCAUGGUGCUCGGCCAUACGCAAUGCGGUGCUAUCGUGGGGGCCACCGGCACCUACCUGGCCAACAUAGGGAAGCCACAAAUGAAGCCAGGCAGCGCCUUGGAGGGUCUGCUGGCAGAUUUGACUGGGACCAUCAAAAAGGCCAGCGAUGAGUUGGGACCUGGAGCCUCCAAAGAGGAGUUGGCGGCACAUGCCGUGAAGGUGAAUGUGUUUGAGACCAUGAACUUCUUGCUGCAGUACAGCGAACCUCUCAGGCAGUUGAUGAGCGCUGGCAAAGUGGAUCUGCAAGGUGGUAUCUAUCAUCUGGAGACUGGUCGAGUGGAGUUCCUGGGCCGCUCUCCCAAACACCAGGAGCUGUUAGCUUCGAAAGGCAGUUUACCACCUUCUAUGCAGAAGGAGAUGACACGUGCAGUGCGCACGACGGAUGACAAGCCAAUGGAGCCAGAGGCCGCCCUGAAGCUGAUGAAGGAAGGCAAUGACCGAUAUUGCCAUGGAAAACCCAUGGCUGGGAAGUUCGACAGCGAGAUGCGAAAAGCCCUCUCCACUAUUGGACAGGCACCACACACAGCGGUAGUAGGCUGUGCUGAUAGUCGGGUUCCCCUGGAGCUGGUCUUUGAUGUUCUUCCAGGAGACCUCUUUGUGAUGCGAAACGCUGGCAACACCGUGACCCAUGCCAGAGGCAGUAUCAUUGGUAGUCUGGAGUUCUGCGUCACGGCCUUGCGCACCCGCUUUGUCAUGGUGCUUGGGCACACCAACUGCGGAGCCAUCAAAGGUGCCACUGCCACAUACCUCAAGAGCAAGAAGGGAGAGGCUCCCGCGAAGGAUAGCGGAGCACUGGAGGGCUUGCUGGCUGGUUUGAGCUCGGUGGCAGGUGAUGCCGCCGCGCAGUUGGGGCCUAGUGCAAGCGAAAAGGAAAUUGCCGACUUGGCAGUUUCCGUGAAUGUCUUCAAUACCAUGGACACCAUCCUGAAGAGCAGCUCAGAUUUCAGGGACAAGGUUCGCAGUGGCGAUGUCCAGCUGCAAGGGGCGGUGUACGAUUUGAACACUGGACGUGUGGAGUGGCUGGGCCAAAGCCCCAAGCAGGCAAGCAUUUUGUCGAGCUGAGGCGCUAGGCCGUUCACCUCCGACACCUGGAACGAAGCCUGCUGCCAGCCUUUGACCUGCAGCCAAUUCUUUCACGAGACGAUGUCAGAUUUGAGAGAAGAUCGGAAUCACUCCGAAUCACUCCGGCUUCGCAGCUGUG